AUGGAAUCAGCUAUUAAAAAACUUCAAUGUCAUUUAUCAACAUUAGGAGAUGAAAAAUGGUUAAUACUUGAACAAGUAUUCAAAUCAGCUUUACAUUGUUCAAAAAAAUCAAUGGCUUAUCAAUGUCUUGAACAAAUAGAAAAAAAAUUCCAAAAAACAAGUCCUCUCUUAAUAACAUUAAGUGCGAUGUAUUUUGAAUCAAUUGGAGAUUUUGAAAAAGCUGAAAAAAUUAGUUCAACACUAAUAGAAGAAAAUGAAAUAAAUGACAUUAAAAAGUUUCUUGGUUUAACUAAUUAUUUACUUCAUAUUUGUAGAAAAUCACACGAUCUUCCUUUAACUUGUGUAAAACUUUUUGAAGGUUAUUGUCGAAAAAUUACAAAAGAUAUCAACAAUGACAAUUCUUUAUGA